UUUCAUGAGUUUUUUCACUUUUUUCCACUCAUAUUAUAUUUUUUAGACUGACAACAUUGUGACAAAAUGCAAAUGUCAAAACUCGAAAUAAGGUUGUGAAUUGUGUUUGUUGUUCAAACAAACAAAUCUAAAUUCCAGUCUUUGAACCGGCAAAAUAAAUAAACUAAAUAAUGAUUAUACACAAUGAAAAUAUUUGAAACGAAAUCAACCACUAUGUAUUGAAUACCAAUAUGAAUCGCGAAGCCUACCACCUACGAUUAUUGUAAUUGAAACAAAUGAAGUAAAUAACAAGUGAAGGAAUUGUUCUUAAUUCAAAAUGCACAGAAUAGUUCACUUGGAUUUAAAAGGCGCUCCAUUGAAGAUCCCGUAUUUAGAAAAAGUCUUAUUGGCAGCUAAAUCAUGGGGUGCGACGGGAGUGCUUCUAGAAUGGGAGGACACAUUCCCCUACUCUUCAAACCUGGCAGCUAUUGGCAGCCUGAGCAACAGUGGUGGAGACGGCUUGUAUUCAAUGGCUGAAGUGCAACACAUUUUGCAGUUUGCUAAAACUCAUCAAUUGGAGGCUAUUCAAUUAAUCCAGACUAUCGGCCACAUGGAAUUUGUCCUCAAACACCCUGUAUACCGUGGUCUCCGUGAGAUCGACAGGUCACCUGCAGUGAUGUGCCCGUCCAAACCUCAGUCACAGGUCCUUGUGAGAGAUAUGAUCAUGCAAGCAUUGGAGGUACAGCCAGAUGCUACCUACUUCCAUAUAGGAGCUGAUGAGGUGUGGCACACAGCUGUGUGUGAUGACUGUCAGGCGAGAGCUGUAUCUCAUAAGCACAAAGCAGCUUCACUAUAUUUAGAGCACAUCCGAGAUUUAACCUUAUUCAUAAAGGAGAAGAGACCAGAUUUGAUUGUGCUCAUGUGGGAUGAUAUGUUAAGGUCAAUCAAUGUUGAUACUUUGAGAGAGUAUGAGUUAGGCAGACUAGUUCAGCCAGUGUUAUGGCACUACAACUCUUCAGAGUGCUUCAACAUUGAUCCAAACUUAUGGUUAACAUAUUCGCAAGUCUUUCCCCAAGUAUGGGCUGCGUCAGCUUUUAAAGGAGCUAAUGGGAGUUGCCAGGUUUUAUCACCAGUUCGCCGCUACGUCAGCAAUCACGAAGCUUGGAUAGCAGAGAUCAAGAAGUAUAGCAGUACAAUCAAUUUCGCGGGCAUUAUACUAACAGGGUGGUCAAGAUACGACCAUUACGCAACUUUGUGUGAGUUGCUGCCGGUGUCCUUGCCCAGUCUAGCGAGCUGUCUGAGAACAUUAACGAAAUCAGAAGACACGCCUCAAGAGUCUGUGGUGACGGAAGUGUUACCGUCCGAGGAGUGGCCCGGAGAGGAGCUCGCGCGCUGUAUACACUCCUUUGUCAUACUCAAGGAGCGGAGUCUGGCGCUGUGUAACAGCGAUCUUGUCACAACAUGGCUGAAUCCUUGGCAGAUUGAACGAGAAUACACUGUACCUAUACAUGUAGAGGGGAUCGCGGUCGCGGGGCAGCACAUGUUGUCCGAGCUAUCAGUCCUAGAGGCGUCCAUAUCCCGUUCCCUACUGGAGUGCACAGGCCCCCGCAGCAGCGCGGAGUGGCGCGACACGCAGCUGCGGGCGGCGCGCGCCGCGCUGGCGCCGCUGUGCGAGGCGGCCGCGCGCCGCGCCCAGCGGGAGCCUAGCGUUACUCCUACAGCGUGA